AUGGGCCAAAAGUCAAAGAAAAGUAAGGCGAUUCAUAAGAAUCGACCAUCUGAAAAAUAUAUUGAUUCUAUAUUUUCUGACUUUUCCUUAAAUUCAAAUGGUAAAGAUAAAGAAGAAGAAAUAUUGGAAGCGAAAGUUUUUGGAAAUAAUAAUUCAUUUAAUGAAGAAUUGAAGAAUUCAUUGUUAAAUAUAUCUAAUUCAGAUGAGUCAGAAUCUUUUGGUGAUAGAACAGUUGACUUUUCUUUGCUUCAAGACCAUGAGCUUUUUUAUGUUGAUACAUCUACUUGCCAGAAUGAAUUGGCUGACAGUUUAAAUAAAACAGCGACUCUGCGCAUAGAUGAAGAGAGACCAGCAUGGGAAGAUAGUGAUGAUGAAAGAUUGUUAAUUUCUUUAGCUUCUGUAGGAAGAUUACGAAAAUUGAGGGAAUCAGAAAAAGAGGAUAUAAUUAAUGGUAAAGAAUAUAAUAUUCGCUUGAGAAAACAAUUUGAAAGGAUAAAUCCUGUUCCAAAUUGGGUAGUUUUAUCUAAAUCUUUAAAUGAUGAAAAUUUAAAGCAAAAUGGAAAUAUUGGCGAUGAUAAUUCUGAUAAUUCUUAUUUUUUAAAUGAUGUUUCAAUAUUUACAAAAUCAUUAAAGUCAUUAUUUGAAUCUUCAGAAGGUUAUAUUAGAAAAACGUUAUCAGUAUUGCCUCCUACUACCAUUAAUAUAAAAAGACUAAAAGAUGCAAAUGCCUGUUCUCCGUCUGAAUCUGCAAUUUUAUCAUUAUCUUUUCAUCCAUUUUAUCCUUUGUUAUUGUCGGGAGGAUAUGAUCGUAUUCUAAAGAUAUUUCAUAUUGAUGGAGAUGUUAAUCCACUUGUUUCAUCUUUAUAUCUUCAUUCAUCUUCUAUUCAAACAGCAGUUUUUCAUCCGAAUGAUAAUAAAAUAAUUGUAGGUGGUCAAAGAAAAUAUUUUUAUAUUUGGGAUCUUGAAAGUGGAAACAUUAGAAAGGUCAGCAGGACUUAUGGUCAUGAUGAUAUUCAAGGAAGCAUGGAAAAAAUUUCAGUUAGCCCUUGUGGAAAAUUUAUUGGUAUUGUUGGAAAUAAAGGAUGGUUUAAUGUAUUGUCUGCUGGAACUGGACAAUGGAUUACUGGUUUUAAAAUAGAAGGUGAAAUUAGUGAUGUUUCUUGGCUACGAUCUGGUGAAGGAAUAUGUGUUUCUAAUAAAUAUGGUGGAAUAUGGGAAUGGAAUAUUUUAUCACAAAAAGUUAUGUCAAAAUGGAAUGACGAUAGUUGCUAUGGUAUUACUAAAAUAUCUUUAGGUGGCUUUGAUGAUAGAUGGUUUGCACUUGGGAGUAAUACUGGUAUUGUUAAUGUCUAUGAUAGAAGAAAUCUUUCAGGAGAAUUGAAUAAUCCAUCUCUUUAUAAAACGUUGAAUAAUUUGACAACUUCUAUAAAUACUUUGGAAUUUUCACCCGACGGGCAAAUAUUGGCUAUGGCGAGUAAGGAAAAGCGUGAUUUUCUUAGAUUAGUGCAUUUUCCAACUGGAUCUGUUUAUAAAAAUUGGCCAACUGGUUCUACACCUCUUGGAGAUGUUACUGUAACUAAAUUUUCUCCAUCGGGAAGCGAAAUAGCUAUUGGAAAUAAAAGUGGAAAAAUAGGAUUGUGGCGCUUUGCAUAUUAUUAUACAUGA